AUGGCAUUCAGCCGACGCCGCGGACCCUUCCGGCCUGAUGAGGCCGGACAGAAAGAAGGCUUCCGAUCCCUAGCUGAGAGGUUGAGCAGUGAGAUUGGGGUGCCAGAGGUCGUUUCCUUGAGCUACGGCUGCCAGUUGCUGGAGCCCGCUGUGAGUUCAAGCCCCGGCGGGUACAAUCCCUUGGGUGCUGGUGCCACCAACACAGCAGGUGGCGUUGAGGGGGCCCUGGUGCCCCGAAGCUGGACGCUUGUCGGAAGACGCCGAUUUGUGAAGGGCUGGUGGGUGGGUGAACAGCAGGGGCGCAACCGCCGACCUCGAAGAGGCAGGCGACGCAUCACUUGGGCCGUGGCACUGGUGGCGUUGAUCCUGUUGCAGGUGAGCCAGAGCUUCUUGCUGCCGAGACGGCUGCGGCCAAACCGGCUACGGGAACGACAGGCGCAGGAACCGGAUCAACGGCCAUCCUCCCGGUCACUGGCCUUUCUGGCUGUCAAGGAUGCGAUUUAUGCUGCUCUCUUUGGAGCUCCAUAUGACACGACAUCCACAAGUGGUGCCAUUGAAACAGUAACGGGUGCGCUUUCCAACUUCUCAUCUUCUGCGGUCACUGGUGCUGCACAUGGAGUCAAGGCUGCCGAAGGGUUCGCGGGCUCCGUGGCCACCUGGGGACUUUCCAAAGUUCAGGAGCUGAAGUCAUUCUUUCAUUUAUCUGAGAUGGAUUUAUCUGGAGAUGGAGGAUCUGAAGCUAAUGAGGCGUCUGAGGCCGAGGUCGAGACCCCACAGGUUGUGAAGCAACAGCAAGAGCUGACGCCAGAGCCAAAAGCUCCGGCACCCCUGGUGGAGUCGGCCCAGUCCUUUGCGCCUUUAUUCAAUGAUGGAAGUGGAUUGGGAGCGGAACCCGGAGAUUUUUUUCUGUUUAUCAAGGACUACAGCUGGACCCUGCGCUACAGAGUCAGUCAGAAGGAAGACACUGUCGACACCGAGAGGCCCUUGCUGCUGGACUGGAUCAAGCUUCGGCGCCCGGUCCAACAGCCCGCAGAUCUCCUGGAGAUCCCCAGCUCGGACCUCUUUGACUGGAAUGUGGUGGAGCCUCCCCGACACAGCGGCUUCAUGUACCAGGUCACAGAAGUAGUGGGUUCUGGAGUCGAGGCAGUGAUCAAUUUCUUCAAGAACCGUGGGCCGAAACUGUUGGUGCAGCAGGAUGGUGUCAGCCUUGUCAAUGAGGAGGCGGAGGAGUUGCCGGGCAAACCAGUAACGCAUUGUUGGGUACAGGAAUUCCCGGCACUUUCCUCCAGCGGACAUCGAGAGAAGGCUUUGGUGCGAUCCGUCAGCCGUGCCCUGAACGCCUCACGUGUACACGAGGGUUUGGUCCGGCUGGUCAUGCCUGAGAAGCUCAUGGAGGUGGCCCAGCUGGCGGCUGCGGCCGAGCUGCUGUGUUUGCGAAGGCCGCUGACCUCCGCUGAAACCGAGGCUGAGCCGGACAUGGAACCCGAGGCCGGUGAUGAGAAGCCGGUGGCUAAGCCGGUCAAGGAGCAGGUGCUGAGCAGCUCAGAGGUGGCAAAGGUCCUCCUGCAGCGGCUGCCGGCCUUUCGCUUGGGCCUUGCGGCGGAGACGCUUUCGGAGGUCUUGCGCCUCUCAGAGGCGCCAGCGUUCUUCACCAUGAGUUUCAAGGAAAAGGCCUUUGAGGUGUCGGUUCAGAGCCUCACGGAGAAGAUCCUCUCUGGCUGGCCGAGACCCGAGUAG